AUGGACCGGCCUUCGGCUCGCCGCUUCGAGGGCAAGGUCGCGCUGGUGACGGCCAGCACCGCUGGCAUCGGGCUGGGCAUCGCCCGGCGCCUGGGCCAGGAAGGGGCCAAGGUGGUGGUGUGCAGCCGCAAGAAGGCCAGUGUGGAGGACACCGUCGCUGCCCUGCGCGCCGAGGGCAUUGAGGCCGCGGGCCGGCCCUGCCAUGUGGGCGAUGCCGCCCAGCUCAAGGCCAUCGUGGACUUCACGGUCCAGACCUACGGCGGUCUGGACGUCCUGGUGUCCAACGCUGCCGUGAACCCGGCAUCCGGCGCCCUCCUGGACUGCCCUGCCCCCGUCAUCGACAAGAUUUUCGACAUCAACGUGAAGUCUGCGCUGCUGCUGACCCAGGAGGCCGUGAAGCACAUGUCCCGAGGCAGCUCCAUCGUCUUCAUCUCCUCCUAUUCGGCCUUCAACCCCCCCGCCCCCAUCGCGCUGUAUGCCAUCAGCAAGACCGCGCUGCUGGGCCUGACCAAGGGCCUGGCCACGGAACUGGGCCCGCGCGGCAUCCGCGUGAAUUGCGUGGCCCCGGGCAUCGUGCCCACCAAGUUUGCGUCGGCCUUGGUGGCCGACCCGGAGCUGGAGGCCGCGCAGCGCGACGCCAACCUCAUGCGGCGGCUGGGCCGGGUGCAGGACAUGGCAGCGGCGGUGGCCUACCUCACCUCCGAGGACGCCUCCUACGUCACCGCCGAGACGCUCAACGUGUCGGGCGGCAUGCCCAGCAGGCUCUAG